GUUAGAUCUAAGUCUAUGCAAACCUUGCCGUUUGGAUUCCAUUCAAAUUUCCUAAUGUCAGCCUUCGAGAAUUGGACGAACUAUACGAUGUUUACGAUAAAGGAUACUUCAUUGCCGACGAAGGAUGGGUAUGACGACUUGAAACCUAGCUGCCUUUGUCCGUGAUACCUACCUAAGCCGACAUGCAGGCCGUACCACUUUCUCUACAUGGGCAUUAUUCGUCCAAUAAACGCGGUAAGAUAUAUCAGUCUGCAUCAUCCAUCGGCACCUCGUAUUAUCGUCAGUUCUUGGCAUGCGCGGAAAUUUCCAUAAGACCUCCAAGCCAAGAUCCUUUGAGAUCUGAUGCUACCCCACGUGUGUCUUAUAGUCAUAACUGUAGGUCGUAUAGCGAACGUUCAUAAAUGGCAGAUCCUAAAAGUUGGCUGUGUUCCCGGAAGUCUGACCGAAACAUGGCAGGGCAACCUUGUGUAUAAAAAGUGGCCGGUACACGGUGUCUCAAAAUGAAGUUCGGCUCUCUCUUCGCUUACGUCCUAGCUGCCGCCGAUGUAGCUAGGACGGCCAGUUUACCCAUCCGCAUCGUCUCUUUUAAUAUCCGUUAUGCCGCAACUUCUCUUGAAACCAAUGAGAAGCCAUGGUCGGACCGGCGCACGGGUUUAAUCAACCAACUCAAGACCGUAACUGACAAUGCGACAUCCGACGGAGCCGUUGCCGUCCUCGGCCUCCAAGAGGUUCUUGACGCCCAACUAAAAGACAUCAAGAGCGGACUUGGAUCGGCUUGGACCCAUUACGGCUUCGGGCGCGACGACGGUGCAAAGUCAGGAGAGUACAAUCCGAUUAUCUACCGGACCGAUGUGCUCAAGCUGCUUUACAGUGAGCAGAAGUGGCUGUCGCCCACGCCGGACAAGGUCUCCUUCGGAUGGGGUGCAGGGAGCCGGCGAGUCAGCGUUAUCGCCGUCUUUGAGCACAUCGCCACUGGAAAACGCUUUAUCCACGCGAACACGCACCUAGACAACGUGAGCUCUCAAGCACGCAGCGAGGGGAUCAAGGUCGUGGUAUCGCGCAUUCAGGCGGUGCAGGAGCAAUACGGUCCAUUGGGCGUGACUCUGACCGGCGACUUCAACUCGGCGCCGGGCGAAGACGCUUACACUACUCUUUCGGACACGGGGUAUCUAACGGAGCUGUGGAACUCGGGGGCUACGCGGUUGGGAACGAAUCAGCUCACAUACACGGGCUUUUCGACGACUGGAAAGAGCCGCAUCGACUUCGUCUGGCUUGGACCCACGGCCGACAAACUGUAUUCGGCACAGCAGUUCGAAUUUUUGAACAAUUAUAUCGACAACGUGUUCAUUAGCGACCACAGAGCUGUGGUUGCCGACCUGACAAUCUUGUAAGGAAAUUAUUUGGGCUUAUCUUUGUAAUUGUUAUAGAGGAUUGUACGAUAGAAUUGUACAUAAUGGCAUGGUUUACCUGAAGCAUGACUAGGUACCUAAGUAACUAUUCAUUAAGAUAGGUAUGUAUGAGAUACUGGAUAGAGGGAUAGAAUGUAGUUUAGGUUCGAUUCCUAUUAGGCCUGUUAGUGCCUUCCUUUUAUCCCUUUCAUCUGUAUGUAUUGAGUUGGACUGAAAUUAGGUAUGCUACAAUAUUUCUCCGCAAUAGGAGAAAAUGACCGGUUCAGGAACAGGGGUAAUAAAGCUUAAGAGACGACGAAUUGGAAGGUUCGAUCGUAAACAAGGUUCAUAUCUCGCCAGCCCUGAGUGGCUUGAACGCUUGAAGUUUAUUGCCUUACCUAUGUAUGUAUGUACUUCCGCAAGAACAGCAUCUACCUUUAAAUACUAAGACGGGCAUCAUCCCGUAGAUAUUCCAAUACUA